CAGAAUCAGAAAUUAUAGGCCAAACUGUUAAUUCGAAGAAUAUUCAACAUAAUUGUGCAAUUAUUCUGAUAUCAAUGUGCUAUGUUUCAGUUCGAAAGCUAAAGCUUCGCUACUAGUUACCACGUGCAGUCAUUCCUGUACCUUGACGGGAAGAAACGACAGUGCACGUCGCGUGCUUCUAAUAACCUUCCAUAAAUUCGAAUUAUCUAAAUUCUCUCGGAUUCAUCCACAACGAGUUGCCUCUGAUCGCCCGCAAUCUUACUACCGGCAUUCUCAUCCGGUGGCGCGUCCUUGCCCGACCCUUGCAGCAAUCGCAAGGUGGAAAGCGCAUAAAAGCUGCAAGCGGCCCACACAGCCGGUAGCCUGCGCACCUGCGAACCAGUCGAAAGCGAUUGCGUAGACCGGAACGUGGCCGCGCACCAGUGAGAAUCGAGAUCCCGCCUUGUCUACACUAGCUAUCUCCGCGAGAAACUACGCGAAUAAGAAAAGCUUCGAUGUAUCGAAACCACGGGCGAGUCUCGAUUUAUUUAGUCGAAAUGUCAGUGAAAUUGGCAACGAAUUUAUUUCCAUCGACUAUUAUUACCACUGCAUAACUCUUGGUCUGUGAGGAUUAGGAUUAUCGACGAAAUGUACAUCAUAAACAAAGGUUUGCACGGAACGGGGAUGGCGGGAGUACGCCAGUGAAAAUAAUGUAUUCAAAGAUCGAUGGAAUUUAUGGUGGCGAUCCGGCGGUUUCCCCACGUCGCAUUACAGGCCGUUACUCCCCUGGCAGGUAAUAAUGCGAUAUCUAGUAGCGUUUUCAAAUCUCGAGCAGAAACGUAAACAGAAAAUGUUUUUUUCGAACAUCUUAUUUCAAAUGCUUUAAUUUUUUAUUACAAUAAGUAAAUUUUUGUUUUUCAAUUUGUUAUAGUAAAUUUCAAUUCUCUUUCCGGAAGAGUUCGGUUAAAGUUCAAUAAACUUUAAACUGAUAUAACGACAGUCUAUUCAUUUUUUAUUAAGCUAAUUAAUCUCCUACGUUUUAAUUCAUUAACUUUUUGAUUUAUUUGAAUCUAAUGUAGAACUAUUUUUUUCAACUUUCCUCCAAUUAUCAAUUAACUCAAUUCAGAAAACGAACUGGCUCGUAUAGUAUAUCGGAUUAUUUUUCAAACAGUUCAUCAGUCGAAUACCAAAAGGGAAUUCUAUUUGCCGAAAAGAUAGGCUUAUUCGUCAUUUAAAGCGCAUGAAAAAAGUACAUGGCUCAGUAUAUGACUUCAGUCCCAUAGGAUAUAACCUGCCUUCUGAAUAUACAAAAUUGGCCGAAGAGUGUAACCGUUGCGAGAAGAAUGACAAAAUUUGGAUUUGCAAGCCGGUCGGCCAAAGUCAAGGGAGAGGAAUCUUUUUGUUUCGCGUGAGAAACUCCUCUUUAAAAUGCAAACCGCAAUAUAAAUCGCCUAAAUCGAUUAACAUGUGCAUUUUUUUUCAGAAAUUAAGUGAUCUAUCAUACAACAAUGCCGCGGUUGUGCAAAGAUACAUCGAGAAUCCUCUGCUCAUCGGCGGAUACAAAUUCGAUCUUCGUCUGUACGUGUGCGUGCCGUCGUAUCGCCCGUUAACGAUUUAUCUGUACAAGGAGGGUCUGGCUCGUUUCGCCACCGAAAAGUUUUCCUUGGAGCGGCUGGACGAUCCCUUUCGACAUCUCACAAAUUUUUCUCUGAACAAACUAGGACCAGGCUACUCGGAAAAGAAGGAACGCAUCGGUGCCGGAUGCAAGUGGACAUUUAGACAACUACGACGAUAUUUCGAACAGUUAGGAUACUUCGAUUGGAUUCUUUGGCAGAGAAUCUCGUGUCUAGUAACUUUAACGAUUCUAAGUCAAGCAGCGGGUAUUCCCAAAUCUUCAAACUGCUUCGAAUUUUUCGGCUUCGACGUGCUAAUUGACGAGAAUUUAAAGCCGUGGCUCUUAGAGGUGAACCUAAGUCCAGCUUUGAGUAACGACUGCGAAGUCGAUUCGGAAGUGAAAAAACCCCUGUUGCAUGAUCUGUUUGAUUUAUUGGGUCUUCCAGUAUGUAAUACUGGGCUUUCCCUGUUCACAAUUUGGUCCUCCUCCGAUCGCAUCGAGGAGGUUGAAGGCGAAGUGUCUUCCAAGUUCGGCCGUUCCGUGAAAAAGAGAUCGAAACUCGGACGAGAAGCCGAAACUUUUCUAAACAUCUCCCCUGAAUCACGAGCCAUGCUGAGACAAUCAACACCGGAAGUUUGCUCGACUACCUGGCCCAGUUAUAACCCACUGUUAAUGGACAAAUGCAUACGUCGAUAUAAAGGAAACAUGAUUGAGAAUCACGCCUCGCCACCGAUUUGGGACAACGGCAGAGACUGGAGAGCUUCCUGCGUAAGAGAAGGUGGAUGGAUUCGCAUUUGUCCAUUCAUUCGGACGAAACACAUCGAGAAUACGGAAUACGCGAGACCGUCUCCCAGAACGGUCGAGAAUGAAACCAAGAACAUGGUUCUUUCUAUACAAAAGUAUUUAAAAGCCGCAAAGGAAGUGCAGCAGAGAAACGAAAAGCUCACGGAUGAGCAGUGCAAUGCUCUUCUGCAAAAUGCGCUUGAAUUAAAUACAGAAAUUUGGCUGCCAGAAAAGUAAAAAAAAAAAAAAGCCUAAAACUGUGAAUUUCCCGCUCACAAU